CCAGGAAAACAGUUAUUGCUCUCAGACAAUUGAUACCAAUAGAUAUGGAGGUACAGUAAGUAACCUGCAGAUGGCAUAUCGAUGCACUUGCAACAAAGGAUUCGAAGGAAACCCUUAUCUUGAACCUGGAUGCACAGAUAUAAAUGAGUGUGAAGAUAAGAGAAACAAUCCAUGUGAAGGAAUUUGUACGAAUACAAAUGGAAGUUACACGUGCUCCUGUCCAGAAGGAAAGAAUGGAGAUGGGAGGAAAGACGGGACUGGUUGCAGAACUGCUAUUGGCAUGACAAUGAGGGUUGCACUCGGUGUUGGAUUUGGUUCCUUAAUUUUUAUUAUUGGAGGAUUUCUUUUAUACAUAAGCAUGCGGAAACGAAAGCUAUUUAAACUUAAAGAGAAGUUCUUUAAGCAAAAUGGCGGAUUGUUGCUGAAACAACAUAUGUCUAUAUAUGGAAGUGGCGGAGAGUCAACAAAAAUCUUUACAUCGGAAGAGUUAAAAUUGGCAACCAAUAAAUAUAAUCAGAACAGAAUUCUUGGGCAAGGAGGGAGUGGAAUAGUUUACAAGGGGACUUUGUCUGAUAAUCGGGUAGUAGCCAUAAAAAGGUCCAAAGUAUUCAACCAGAGUCAAGUCGAGCAGUUCAUAAAUGAGGUAGCUAUCUUAAUCCAGAUUAAUCACAGAAAUGUGGUGAAGCUUUUGGGUUGUUGCUUAGAAACUGAAACUCCUCUGCUUGUGUACGAGUAUGUACCUAGUGGUAGUCUUUUCCAGCACAUCCAUUACAAGCUAGAAUCUAUGACUUGGGAAAGUCGUCUAAGGAUUGCAACCGAAACUGCCAGUGCAAUCGCAUAUUUACAUUCGGCAGCGUCACCACCCAUCAUUCAAAGGGAUAUCAAGUCUACCAACAUAUUAGUAGAUAAAAAUUUCACAGCUAAAGUUUCGGACUUUGGGUUGUCUAGGUUAGUUCCAUUGGAUCAUAGUCAUGUAGAUACACUAAUUCAUGGCACUUUCGGAUAUUUGGAUCCGGAGUACUUCAACACAAGCAAACUCACACAUAAAAGUGACGUGUAUAGUUUUGGUGUAGUUCUGGCAGAACUCUUAACGGGUGAAAGACCACUUUGCCCUGAAAGACCAAAAGAACACAGUAAUCUUGCAGCAUAUUUCUUUAUAUAAUGGAUGAGAAUACGGAGAAUGAUGCCUUCAAUCUCAUGGAUGCUAAACUUACAAGUGAUGGAAACCUACAGGAGGUUAUUGCGGUUGUAAAGAUGGCAAGGAAAUGCCUUAACCUAAAGGGCGAGGACCGACCUAUGAUGAAACAAAUAGCAGCUGAUCUACAAGUUUUGCAAAUGUCUCAGUCAUAUGCAUCCAGCUCAAAUCAUCCUUCAAGCCACCACAAUUGAACAUCGAAGUUACCAGCAAAGCCAACUGAUGCCUACACCACCGAUACUCAACCCAGUAUAAUGUAUAGAGAAAUUCGCUUCCUGUAACUUGUGGGCCCGA